AUGGAACAACCCUUUGUUGGAAGAAACGACCAAUCUUACUCCUUGGGACCACUGACAGAGUACCAACGAAAAUUAAGGGAAGGAAAUACAUCGAAGAACACUGUGAAGAACCAUGUCACGGCUAAAUUGCAUGCUCUUAAUACAGAAAGAGUCUGUAGUAUACCUCUUUGGCCUGGAGCGAGCUACAAGGACCUCCCUGCUGACCUUCGAAUCUCCCGAAAAGCUCCACAGGAGAACUCUUGUUCCAGAUUGGAUCUAUUGGGUAUACAGAACACCUGCAUGACUGUAAUGGGGAUUCUUGGAAGAUAUGGCAAAGUGAUUCAUCCGACUCAGUAUCGUAUUGAAUCUGUCAGAGAAUAUGCUCGCGUUCAAGGCUUUCCAGAUAGCUAUGUUUUCGACCUGGAAAAUUGGACAGUAGGAGAUGCUAUUAGAGGCAUCGGGAAUGCCGUUCCGAUUCCUCUUGGACGAAGUCUUGCCAAAGGGUUCUUGGACUCUUGGAUGGAGCACACGAAGCUUCCAGGCCGAAAUUCAGACGCAACUCGCACCAGUGAUGGUGAAAUUGGCACCAGUAUGGAUGAUGCGAUUAACCUGAUUUCAGAUGACGAUGAAUGA